AGUCAGUAGGCUAUAUUAGAAGUCCAUUAGGCACAGCAGGUGGCGACUUUUUUUCACCAUCAUGGCAUGUCCAUUUGACAAUGAUCCCGUGGAUGAAGGUGCAGCAUUACUGCGCAGAGAAUUAAAUAGGCCUAUUCGUCGGGAGAUGGUUAUCAGACCGCGAAUAGAUGUUCUGGCAUUUCCAGACCAUUAUCUUUUUGAGCGCUACCGUUUUACGUCACAGUCAAUCAUCUACAUACAUAACCUAAUCCGUCCUUACAUUUGCAACAUAACAAAUCGUAGUCAUGCUCUCACAUCCCAGCAGAUAUUGUGCGUCGCGCUGCGUUUCUUUUCAAACGGAAGUUUUUUGUAUAAUGUCGGAGAUGCUGAGCACUUGAGUAAGGCAACUGUAUGCAGGGCGGUCAGAAAAGUGUGCCUCGCCCUGAAACGGCUUUUACCCAUCUUUGUCGUUUUCCCUGGACACAAACCUGUCAGAGCCAUCAAGGAGGAGUUCCACAGGAUUGCAGAAUUUCCCAGUGUGAUUGGCUGCAUAGAUGGCACACACAUUCCCAUCACGGCUCCCUCACAUAAUGAAGCCGAUUAUGUGAAUAGGAAGUCCAUUCACAGCAUAAAUGUGCAGAUCAUAUGUGAUGCUGCAAACAUCAUUUCUAAUGUGGAGGCCAAGUGGCCUGGGUCCGUUCAUGACUCGAGGAUAUAUCGUGAGUCUAACCUGAGCAACAGACUGCAAUGUGGAGAGUUUGAUGGCCUUCUGCUGGGUGACAGGGGUUACCCAUGCCAACCCAGGCUGCUGACCCCUUACCCUGACCCUGAACCAGGCCCCCAACAGAACUUCAACCGGGCUCACUGCAGGACGAGAGCCCGGGUGGAGAUGACUAUAGGCCUGCUGAAAGCCCGUUUCCAGUGCCUACGUCACCUCAGGGUGAUCCCUGAAAGGGCCUGUGAUAUUAUUGUGGCAUGUGUUGUUCUUCAUAAUAUUGCCACUAUUAGAGGAGAGCAACACCCUGCCCUACAAAUUGAAGACCCUGAUGAUGACGACGACCCCAUCCACCUGCCAGCUAUCCAGGACGGCAGAGCAGUCAGAGACACCAUAUGCCAUAAUCACUUUAGAGUUUAAGUCACCAUCAUCACCA